AUGUUCGAGGCGCGCGCGCAGCUCAACGCGGCGAGGUGGACUGACUACCGACGCGCGCGAUACCUGCGCUCACCUGUCCCCUCCCCCCUACCAGGAACCGGAUGGCUCUCCAAAACAAAACGGUCAACAAAGGACGUGCCACGAAUGUACGCCACCGAUCGGCUCUACGAAGGGUCGAGGGGCUGCUCGGGGACUCUUUCCGAUUAUACAACACCUGACUCACGCGCCGAAAACCGAACGCCUGGUGAUUUACGAUUACGACCGCCCGAUAAUGUAACAGUCGGUCACUGCUCGAUUGUUUUCUUAGUCAAA